AUGGAGGUGAAGUGGCCGGCUCCUCCAGUGGGCUUUCUGAAAAUUGAUGGAGCGUUUAAUCAUGUUACUCGUAAGGGUGGAGUAGGUUUUGUGAUCAGAGAUGAUCGGGGGGUGAUGUUGGCUGGAAGAGCCUGUCCUCUAAGAGGCUUGUUGUCACCGGAGCAUGGGGAGGUCUUGGCAUGCAAGAAAGCCAUGGAGUUUGUUGUGUACCAUUUCUUUUCUCGUAUAAUUUUGGAGACAGAUGCUUUAGCUGUCCAAAUGCUGUUGGCUGCUACAGUGGAUAGCAACACUACGGUUCUGGGAUGGAUUUAUGAUGAUCUAAUCUUGCUGUUGGGUUUAGAGACUUUUGUGAAAGUGACCCAUGUUGGUAGAUUGGGGAAUAAUGUAGCACACCAAUUAGCAGCACAUGCUUGCUCUUUGCAGCAGGACUGCUUUUAUUUCUCUACACCUUCUUUCCUUCUAGCUGCAAUUGUAGCAAAACUUUGUAGUAUGUAA